AUGGAAAGUACGGACGUCAAGACCAUUCAGGUAAAAAGUGUUUGUUUGGAUGAAAAUAACGAAUUCAUUCGUGUUGUGUCAUCUGUGUUAUAUUGUGUUAUUGACGAAGACGGCCAAGAAAGUGUACAGUUUAUUGAUGAAAAUUCAUUAAUUACAAUUGACUGUUCUCAAUCUGAAGAUGUUGAUCCCGAAAAUAUUUUUAUCCAUGAACAACGGUCUGAAAUUCGAUCUACUAAUUUCGUCAGUUCUUCUGAAUCACUGAUAGCUGCGGCUAAAUCUCCAUCUAAUCCAACAACUUCUAGUAGAAAGUCAACACUAACUACUGAACAUCCAGUCGCAGGUACUUCAAAGCUUAAAAAAUUAAAAAAAUCUUGUGAAUCAGCGGGUAGUGACAGUAACAACAAUUUAGAUUAA